CUGGUCAACCGCGGCUUGUCGUUUCACCGCUUAUGUUCAAGCUGUUUCAGCUGGGUUCCGGCAGAAUUUCGUUCAAUUACCCUUGGGACAAGAUUGAAUUGUAUUAUGUUUGUCGAAUGACUUCGCCAUCUUGAAGUACUCCAAUGCUACCGUACGGACCGUCGAGACGUGGCAGUAAUGGCAUGGAUUUCAGAACCUUGAAAUUUGUAGAAUUCGAUGAUCUUUGCACUCAAGCGCCGACUUUGGCCGACCAACAAUCCCUUACUCGUCUGCAUGCCUUCAUCUCUGAGGCUUCGAGAUGGAGACCUGUUGCUCCCAAUGGAGUGUCUCACCGAACAACCAAAGAUGUGAUCUUAGAACAAUUUACUUGUGCGACUGAUGAUCUGGCAUCAGGAAAAUUACUACAUUCCAGCCGGCACUACAGUAUUCGGCAACACUUGGGCCAUCUGUCGAGAUCCAGAAGUCUUUCCCGAGCCUGAUGCAUUCAAGCCUUAACGCUGAAUUGACGACCAAGGUCGCCUGAGAGAUGAGGGUUAUUAGUUCUUUGAAUGGCAAUAAUAUUUCUUGCAGUAUUUGCCCUGGUCAACAUGUCGCAAACAGAUCAGUAUCCAUAGGCACGGUCCUGAUUCUUUGGGCCUUCCGGCUCACCCUCGAUCCUACACAGCCGUUGGAUGACACGUGGGUUCAUGAAUUCGGAGAAAACAUAACGGCCGUGCUCUAUCAAAUUCGAGUUGAGGAUUCCCGAAGCAGAGCUCAGGCGCAAGAUGAAGAGUUAUCCUGAGGUCGUGUCAGUGGAUGAGACUGAUCAUUGCUAGAGAGAGAGUGAAGAACCUGUUCGGAAUGAAUCAGUGACCAGUAUCGGAACCAUGCCGCUCAGAC